AUGGUGGCAUCUUUGCUGUGCUGUGCUGUGCAGUGUGGUCAGUCAGGUGCUAUGUGGGAAGGAUUUAGUGAGCCAUUAGCAAUGUUGUUAGCACAUGAGGGGUCACAUGUAGUGCUGCUUGAACAAUCUCACCACCAACGUAAGGCAACUGGAAUGGUAAGAUCAUACGUCUCUGUCAGCUACAUACAGAUUUCCCAUUGAAUGCACCUCGUGUAAAAAAGGACAUGUGGCUUCUCUUGUAAUCACCCCUUUUCCCUGUAAAAUGAGAUAACUUCCAAGUAUCAAGGAUUUAAGGCUUCAGAGGCCUCCACAUACCACUACCUGUGUCCAUACAUUAACUGAAGAAUGUGUUGAUUUUUUUAACCUGAUUUGAGUAUAUACUGAGUUGCAUGCAUGUUAUUUUGUUUUAUGGUGUUUUAGUACAUUCAGUAUUUUGCUUUAUUGUAUUGGAAGAAUUGUACUCAUUCAACCUUUAAAACUUUGAGCAUACUGUAACAAAACAAGGGAUUAGCACGAGGUUCCAAGAUAGGAUUUGAUCCCAGUACCCUAGGGUCCAGAGCCAGACACGUUACCACUGCUCCUAGAAAGCUAACUCCCUUGGGAUAAUCGUGCUUAUCAGUCCCAGGGUCAUUACAAUAUUAUGUUUUCCCACACAAACCAUCACACUGGUCAAGGUUAUGGUAUUUUCAUUGUGACCGGUGUUCUCAACCAUUAAGACCUUUGUAUUUCUACCCCAUUAGCUCAAUAAUGUCUUCGGCUUUUUUUAACUGAAACGCUCUGGAAUGCAGAAGAAGGACAAUGAGCUUCCACAGUAUUAUAGAGCAAGCACGAGUGUUUCCCAGCGUGUGUGGAUUGCUACGAACGUAGAUACUUUGACAUCGUAUGAGGCUUAGGGCACUGAAAGGACGAUAUGGGGAAAGAGAGGAGUAAAAGGAUGCUAUUGAUUUGUCAUCCCCACACACUCAUCUUGUGACCCCCAUGCACACAGAGCUGUAAGGUCGGACGUCAAGGCAGGCAUGCAUGACUACAGCUGAGACAAUUCUUCCAGGCCUUCCCAUAACGAACAGACAUUACAUACAGUACAGUAAAUUACAUUUGUUUAAAAUCUCUGUCAGAAUAUGAUAGAUGGUGCUCAUAUUUUAAACGCGAUAUUGAUGAGAAAAGUUAUUAAAUGAAGUGAAGUUAGUUUAAGUGACAUUAGAGCAUAUGGUAUAAUGGUGGAGUCAUGGAAUCUGGCUGAAAAUAGUCUUUCCAACAUAUCUGGGGAAAAUCGUCAAAGGAACAAGUGUCAACUUAUGCAUAGAAAUUGCAAGAUUACAACAAACACAUUAAUGUAAAAAGUAAGAGUUUAAACUUUAAAGGGUCAAAUAAGAGUACAAAGGAGAUAGAAAAGUCUGUUGUUCCUUCAUGAUCCUUUUUUCUUCUCUUCUCCUGGUUACAUGGCCAGUGGCCCAGCUUUUGACAGUUCCUAUUAGGUAUAUGGAACAUCAAUCCACCUCCAACAAUUGUAUUAUGCUUGAAAAUAACUAACUAUGACUUCAUAUCAAGGACACUACAGAAUGAGUAUAUCCCAAUAAUCUCUCCUUCUUCCUGAAUUGUACACUCAUUCACUAUUCCCAGAAAUGUAAAAGCAUUGGAUUGGUGUAGGAAUGGGCUAGAUAGUUUCCAUAUACAUGUUAUUUCCUUUCAAAUUCAUGAAGGAAAGUGAACAAGUGUACACUUCGGGAGAAAGGAGAGAUUAUUGGGACACAUCAAUUGAUUCAAUUAUCAACUUCCUAAAGAGUGACCUUUGACCUUUGCAAACUCUAUAUGCUAGGACAACAUCAGCAAAAAAUCAGCCAGCCUGCUCAGUGCUCACAGGCUAUAGAAAAAAACGAUGCUCCAGCACUCAGGUAACGUGUGCAAUAGGUCCCUCAGUUGCUGUGUAUCCUCAGGCAACACUCCAACACACUCAUCAUGCUUACUUUGUGAGCUAAUGCUUUUUUUCACACAACCACUAGGCCGCUAAUUCCAUAAGGUUCCCACUGAUGAAAAUGGGAAUCGUAACAUUCUGUACUUGAUGGAGAAAAUAAUAUGUCCAAAAUCGGAUAGUUUUGUCACGUCUACUCCUGCUCCUCCCCUCCGGCGUGCGACGUCGCCAGAAUACUAACCACCGGUCCUGGGAUUCAUCAUUACGCACACCUGGCAUCCAUCAUUACGCGCACCUGCAGAUCAUUAUGAUUCACACCUGGACUCCAUUACAUUCCUCAUUACCUCCCCUUUAUCUGUCCCUCCCUUACGUUUAGUCCUCAGUCGGUAUUGUUCCUGUGUUUAUGCUAUAUCGCCACUGUUACGCUGUCUCGUUUCAUGUUUGUUGUUUUAAUAAACGUUUCACCUGCUUCUCGACUCACAGCGUCAUUGUUACAAAUGUCUUCAGUUCUUCAAAAUAAAUUAAACUGUUUUAUGCCUCGUCUUUAUCCAGUGUGAAGAUGGCAUUACUGAUGAUUCUUUGAAAUACAUUCUGGCAUGUGGAAAUAUGUUUUCUGGAUGGAUGGUAUCACUAAGUUAAGGUUAAUCCUUUUAGCUACUGUAAUUAUCCAAUUAAACAUUUGAAAACAUAAUAGCAUUGCUAACAAAGUGUGUGUCUGUCUAUUCACACAGUUGAUUAGAGUGGGAGGGGCUGGUUUGUAGACUCCCUAUGAUGUCAGAGAUGAGAGGCAAGUUUAUGGUAAUUAAGGGUCCAAGACUCUUUUAUAGGGAAUCGAAAAUCCUACCACAAGUCUCGCCGGGUGGUGUGUUGUUGGGUGUUUAAGACUAGGACGAGGGUUAGGAACUGGGCAGAGAAGGACACACAACCACACACAAUGAAUACUCUACUGACAGUACUGGUGUUGGCUCUCUUGUCAGCAGCUUUAGGAGCAAGUGAGUAUAUGGAUUACUUUCUGCAUGACUAUUUGAUAAAACACAGGUUGCUCCAUCCCUUCUUUCUUGAGUUAUGUGCAGUAUUGGAGGGGAGAUGGGGCUGAGGUGGGAUGGAUUGAAAUAAUGGAAGAGAUUAUCACUGAGCAUUACUAAGUACUCACUGAGUAAUUAGCAAUAAUUUAGAAUGUCCACAGCUUGCCAGCUGCAUGUGCAAUGACAUUUGUGCAAACAAUCCCUUUUAGUAGUGAAACGUUUGUGUUCUUCUAUGUUUCCCCAAAUAUAAACUAAUUGCAUUUUUUGUAUUCCAUAAACUCGUACAUUUGACUAAUCAAUACAUAUGAUAUAACUUGUCUGAAGAUCUGUCAAUCAUGUUAUUAGUAAGAAACAAUAAUUAAUUGUAUGGUUGUUUACACACUAAUGGAACUUGGACAAGCUCAACAAACGUAAUUACUCAGUAAUAGUGAAUAACAGUGGUCUCUCUCAUAUCGUUCAGUUAUAUAAUAUCUUCAACUUAGUUUUAAGGGUUUCCUUUAUUCUCAGUGUCUGUGUAGAAACCUGAGCUCUACAGCCUGAACUUUAGAAUAUUGUAGGAUUAAUAAUAAUCUAUGCAUUACUCCUCUAUACACUGCAUAUAUACUCUACAAAUAUCUGUAUAUAGUAAAGCGUUCCAAUACCCAGUACAAUCUUCUAAGUAACACCAUCAUUUGUGCAGGUCAGUUCAAAUUUAAAGUGUGAAGAAUUUCAUAAAAAAGAUCCUGAGUAAAUGCACACUAAGUUUUGACAUGAGCUCAUAUUUAACAAACAAUUUGGUAAUACAUUUGGUGAUUAAUAAUCAUUAAUCUCACCCCAGCAAGAGUUCAGCCACUGUGUAAUAUACAGUAAAAUAGCAUGUCUAAUAACUGCUGACAUAGUGUGCCACAGAUUACAUGCUCGUAGUCAAGGAUAGCGCAAUCACAUGCCAAUUUGUCUGCACUCCAAGCCCUAAAACUCUAAUCUGUAUCCUGGAGUUUCUAUAGUAAGGUGAAUACUUUAUUUUAGCUCUCAACAAUAGAAUAGAUUAACUAUAUUUUCCCAGAGGGAACAUCAGUACUAAUGUUGGUCUUUCACUAUCAAUCAUGCAAUUCAAAGUUUAUUAUUAUUUAUUUAAGUUUAUCUAGCAAUGUGUUGCAUCUGAUGGAUAUCCAAACCAAACCACAAACUGUAAUUAACUUGGUUAACUUGAUUGGAGAUAUUGGUGUUUUCAGUGGCGAUCAGUUUGAAGUGUGACAAUCUGAUGAAUGACUGCACACGAUAAUGAUAUUAUGGCUUGUCAUUAGGAAUUAGAUCUUUUGGAGGAUGCAUUCCUGAGGUUGUUAAAGCUUAGUGUGACUGUACAGUAUCAUAUGGGGAAUACAAGGGGCUCACAAUAACAGAAGAUAAUGUAGGUGUUGAGGUUCCUAAAUCCUGAACAAACUCUAGCACACACACUCGAGCGUGUGCACACACACACGCACGCACACACACACAUACACACACAGGAACAACAGUAGGAGAGUAAGGCCGCCCUGAUGUCUGAGCUCCACAGAGGCUCCCCUCAUUCCAGCAGUUCGGAUUACGGCUGCCUGCGCUCAGCUGACAGUCACAUGAAAGGGAUUGAGGGGGAUUGCAGGGACCGUGUGACUCACACCACCUGGAACCCCCACCUCGCUCCCUCCUCCCCCCUUCCACAACCAUCGAAGAAAUACCUGAACUACCCACCACCGCUAUCUACAGCCUCAAACAAUUAUUUUUGUCCUUCUUUCAGUAAAAUGUUGGUAAAUGUCUAUGCCCACACCCCAUCUUACGCCCAUAUCCCAAACUGUAGCAAUAUGAUAACUUUUCCUCUACCAAGGGUAGGCAACAGGGCAGAGAACACUCCCUCGUAUAAUCAUGUGGUCAUAAAAUGGAAUAGCUAUGGCUGUAUUUCAGUAAGGAAGGGUCAGAUACUGUAGGUUUGGAGAUAAAUAGAUUUUAGAACAGUAGAAAUUGUCAACAUUUUCAAUAAGCAUUUGAGUCGGUGUUAUAAAAAUUCCAGGUCUGAGUAGUAGAUCUUCGCAUGACAUUCACCAAAAAUACACUAUAAAAAUAAAGGCUAAUUAAUUAGCCUGGUAGGUAAUGAGUUCUGGGUACCAGGAUCCUGAUCCUGACCAAUGUCUAGACAACCGCAAAGUCCUAAUAAAAUAGCAUUUUCAACCUCAGGUUUACUAGUGCAGUGGUCGACUGGUCUUACAAACAGAUUUCCCAUUAGCGUUUUUGCUGAUACGUAAUGGCAAUACCUCACCAUACAUUUUAGUCAUUUUUAGCAGACGCUCUUAUCCAGAGCGACUUACAGUUAGUGAGUGCAUACAUUUUUCAUACUGGCCCCCCGUGGGAAUCAAACCUAUAACCCUGGCGUUGCAAGCGCCAUGCUCUACCAACUGAGCUACACGAGGCUGGACAUGCUACAUACCCACUGGACAUGUUACAUAACUGAUAAAACCUCAAUAAUAUGAUUAAUAUGAAUGGAUAACAUGUCAUGUAGUAGGAGAAGUUCACUAUGUCAAAGUGUGAUCAACAAAAACAUUGUCUUUCAAUUAGGAAAACGAGAGGAAAAUUACCCUAAAACUUAAACACUUGUAUUUCUUUCAGAGCCUAAAACACGUUUUACACGCUACCACUCAUGGAACUCACGGAUAUAUCCAGUGUGGAAAGAUGGGGACUCCCGAUACAGAGACUGUUGGACUGGUGGGUUUUCACUUUAUUGCACUUUUUCUAUAGAUCAAUCACUUAAUAUAGAAACAUUAACCACUUUCUAUUGAUGUAUUUAUCACUUUCUGUCACCAGGUGGAGAAGUUACAUUCGAUGUGAAAAAUGAUGCACCCACCCUGACUGGCGCAAAGGCAACCUUUAACAUCGACCUUCGCUUCCCAUCAAACCAGACAGUGCUUCCUGAUGGACAGGUGGUCUGGGCACGUAACUGCACUGUCAAUGGUGAGCUCUUCUUUCAAAUUCAACCACUAUUUACAUUUACAUUUACGUCAUUUAGCAGACGCUCUUAUCCAGAGCGACUUACAGUUAGUGAGUACAUUACAUUUUAUUUUAUUCUUACUGGCCCCCCGUGGGAAUCGAACCCACAACCCUGGCGUUGCAAACGCCAUGCUCUACCAACUGAGCUACAUCCCUGCCGGCCAUUCCCUCCCCUACCCUGGACGACGCUGGGCCAAUUGUGCACCGCCCCAUGGGUCUCCCGGUCGCGGCCGGAUACGACAGAGCCUGGAUUCGAACCAGGAUCUCUAGUGGCACAGCUAGCACUGCGAUGCAGUGCCUUAGACCACUGCGCCACUCGGGAGACCACUAUACCAUACCCCACUAACCCCACAGUUUUUUAGUUGGUCCUAUAUGCCUACAGUCUUUUUCUAGUGUCCCUAACCUUUUAUGUUGAACUCUGUGUGGUCUUCCUCUUCUACAGGAACACAGUAUCGUCAGGGCCAGGCUGUGUAUCCCGACCAGGUCUCUGGUCCUUCAGGAGAGUACAGCGGAGUCUUCCCUGAUGGUACCCCCUUCACUGGGACCGCAGACAGGAAACCACACUACGUGUUUGUGUGGAAGACAUGGGGUAAGGACAGCACUUUCAUUUACAGACAUUCAUGUGAGAAAAUGCUAACACAAUCACCCAAUGCUUUCUGGUAUUUACAAAGCUGUGCCCAGUAUGCACUAUGAAAUAAUUCCUUUCAUAAGAGGGUUGAAAGGACUAAUGAAGCAGCUAAUGUUCUUGGGAGUUUUGUCAACACAAGAUUUGAUCAUCAGGCCGUUCAGUUUUAUAACCGCUGCUGUGUUUUCUAACUACUGCUGCUUUUGUAUCCCAGGACGUUACUGGCAGGUGGCGGGCGGGCCCUCCUCCUCUCUCACCAUCAGUACGGACAAUGUGCCCCUGGGCUCUUACAACAUGGAGGUAGUCAUCUACCACUGCCGUGGCAAGAACAAGUUCAUCCCUUUGGGCUAUGCCUCCACAACCUUCUCCAUCACAGGUGGGCAGCUGGAACCAGGGUUUAAGUGCACAAAAUCUUAUUUAAAACAGAAAUUCAAUCAACCCUGAUUUGACUUCAAUUGAUCAUUUGAAAUAAUUAGCAUUGACUCUCACAAUCUUUCACAGCAUUGAUGUCACGAUGUGACAUCUUUUGCCUUUGCUUUGUGCCUCCCCAGACCAGAUCCCCUUCGCAGUGUCGCUGACCCAAAUUAACGAUGUGAACCAGGCUGACCAGAACUUCAUCCAGAACCGGGCCAUUGCCUUCAGCAUCAGCCUCCACGACCCCAGCCAGUACCUCAGCGCCUCAGAUGUCACCUUUAACUGGGACUUUGGUGACAACAGUGGCACCCUCAUCUCCAGGGAGCGCCAGGUCACACACACAUACCUCACCACUGGCACCUACAGGCCUCAGGUGGUCCUGAUGGCAAGCAUCCCCAACGGCUGUGACACACCUGCAGACCCUACCGCUGCCAGCCCCACUGGUGAGAUACAUCAAUUUUCUAUUUGACAACGUAUCCAUUUAUUGGAUCCAAUCUUUCCUUUACAAAAGUCAAUGCAUGUUCAGUGCAUAUAACAGUCGUAACUGUUGCCGUUCUUCUUGUGUUUACAACCAGUGAUGCCUAUGGAUCCCUCCGGCGCUCCUGCCGUGGUUGUGGUGGACUCUACCCCAAGGGCAGCUCCAGCUGACAUCGCCCUGGAUGUGCCUGCCUCUGAUGUUGCCCCUGCUGAGGCUGCAGACACAGCUGCAGCAGACGCAGCUGCAGCCGACGCCGAUGCCGCAGACACAGAUGCAGCCACAGCCGAAGACCCAGCCGCAGCCGAAACUGCAGUCGAAGCCGGUGCCACAGCCGAAGACGCUGCCGCAGACGCUGCCACAGCUGAAGCCGCAGCCGAACCCACAGCUGACGACGCAGCCGCAACCGCAGAGGGAGUCGAGGUGGUCGCCUCAGCAGCAGAGGAUCCAGCCGUCAUCCCGGCAACAGAGGACCCUGCCGCUGUCCCUGCAGUAGAAGCCGAUGCCACAGCAGAAGACACGGCUGCUGCAGCCGUUGAGGACCCUGCCGCUGUCCCGGCUGUGGAGGGAGCCACAGCUGCCCCCGUCGCCCCAGCAACUGAAGAGGCAGCUGCUGCUGAUGCAGCUGCUGAUGCUGAUGCAGCUGCUGCUGAUGCAGCUGCUGAUGCUGAUGCAGCUGCUGCUGCCGAAACCGCAGUGGUAGAGGCUACGGCUGCAGAUGUGCCCGCCAUCGCCGCUGCUGCUUCAGUUGCUCCAGUUGCAGAGGGAGAGGAGGCCACAGUGGACCUGGCGGCCACAAUCCUACCAGAGGUCCCAGCUAUAGCCACCGUUGCACCCGUGGCGGAGGAGGCCAUAGUUGCUGAUGCUGAGGUGGUGGCUGAGGUUGCGGCUGCAACAGAGGUGGCCCAGGCCGAGACGGUGGCCCCUGCUGCUAACGUCAUUGUUCCUGCCGCCACGGCGGCUGCAGCUGUGGUGGAGGUAGUGCCAGCUGAGCUAGAGGCAGAGGUCGUAGAGACAGUGAUUGAGGUUGCAGCUGAUGCCACUGCAGGUGAUUACUUACUUAGUUACUUAGUCAUUCUGUAUAUAAACAAAAACAUUAUUUGAGCCAUUUCAAAAUAAAAUAUAACUUACAGUAUCUUUGUUUGUCUUCAGCGCCAGCAGCAGUGACUGCUCCAGUGGAGAAUGAGGUAGUAGCAGAGGCUGAGAUAGAGGCAGACACAGAGACACAGGUGGCUCUUGUUGUGGCUAAAAGACAGGCUCCUGAACUUACAGCGGCUGACGACUGUAUGAUAUAUCGCUACGGCUCCUUCUCGACCGCUGUGGACGUCGUCCGUAAGUCCACAUAUGUCCAGAUACUGAAGAUGUAGAGUAUUUUCAAUACAGUCACAGCUGAGAUGUAAAAUGCAGGUGAUGGUUGCUGAUAAUGAUCUCUCAAUCUAUUUAAAUUCCCAGAGGGUAUUGAGAGUGUGGAGAUCACCCAGGUGGCCAACGUAGUGUCUCAGGCCACUGAGGUGGUGCAGAAUGCUGUGGACCUGACAAUCACCUGCCAGGGGAGGUGAGUAGCCAACUAGCAGUGGAAACAGGUCCCAAGGAACCAUGCACAUUCCUAUUGAAAUUAGCAUUUUGAACAUUGCCAUCACCUGCACUUUAUAUCUACAUCCUUCUCUUUACAUAGCCUGCCCAAUGAAGUGUGCACCAUCAUCUCGGAUGCAGACUGCAUCACGCCUGUGGAGACCAUCUGUAACAACGUGACACCCUCCCCAGAUUGUCAGAUGAUCCUUCGCCAGUUCUUCAAUGACUCUGGAGUGUUCUGCAUCAAUGUGUCCCUGACCAAUGAUGUUAGUCUGGCUAUGGCCAGUGCUAAAGUCCGUGUGACUGUGGGUGAGUGAAAUUAACGAACCAUGUGUGCGCCUGUACAUAAAACUUUAUGAACUGUAAAAACAUUUUCAUUUUACAUUUCACUGAUCGUGGAGUGUACCGUACCUUCCUCAUACUGUGUGUUGUGGUUGCAGGCUCCAACUCCUCCACAGCAGGCACUGUGGCCGCGGUUCUGGGUGUCAUGGUCCUUGUCUGUGUUGUUGGUGCCAUUGCUUUGACCUACAAGUGAGUGAAAGACUGUUCUAACCACCGUAAAAGUCAAUAAAGUCACACACUUCCUGGUUUCUCCAAAUGUAUAAUUGAUUUAUGAUCCACAAAAACUAUUUGACACAUUGUGGUCCAUUGAAGAUAAUUCCACAUUACAGUGGGGAAAAAAAGUAUUUAGUCAGCCACCAAUUGUGCAAGUUCUCCCACUUAAAAAGAUGAGAGAGGCCUGUCAUUUUCAUCAUAGGUACACGUCAACUAUGACAGACAAAUUGAGGGAAAAAAAUCCAGAAAAUCACAUUGUAGGAUUUUUAAUGAAUUUAUUUGCAAAUUAUGGUGGAAAAUAAGUAUUUGGUCACCUACAAACAAGCAAGAUUUCUGGCUCUCACAGACCUGUAACUUCUUCUUUAAAAGGCUCCUCUGUCCUCCACUCGUUACCUGUAUUAAUGGCACCUGUUUGAACUUGUUAUCAGUAUAAAAGACACCAGUCCACAACCUCAAACAGUCACACUCCAAACUCCACUAUGGCCAAGACCAAAGAGCUGUCAAAGGACACCAGAAACAAAAUUGUAGACCUGCACCAGGCUGGGAAGACUGAAUCUGCAAUAGGUAAGCAGCUUGGUUUGAAGAAAUCAACUGUGGGAGCAAUUAUUAGGAAAUGGAAGACAUACAAGACCACGGAUAAUCUCCCUCGAUCUGGGGCUCCACGCAAGAUCUCACCCCGUGGGGUCAAAAUGAUCACAAGAACGGUGAGCAAAAAUCCCAGAACCACACGGGGGGACCUAGUGAAUGACCUGCAGAGAGCUGGGACCAAAGUAACAAAGCCUACCAUCAGUAACACACUACGCCGCCAGGGACUCAAAUCCUGCAGUGACAGACGUGUCCCCCUGCUUAAGCCAGUACAUGUCCAGGCCCGUCUGAAGUUUGCUAGAGUGCAUUUGGAUGAUCCAGAAGAGGAUUGGGAGAAUGUCAUAUGGUCAGAUGAAACCAAAAUAGAACUUUUUGGUAAAAACUCAACUGGUCGUGUUUGGUGGACAAAGAAUGCUGAGUUGCAUCCAAAGAACACCAUACCUACUGUGAAGCAUGGGGGUGGAAACAUCAUGCUUUGGGGCUGUUUUUCUGCAAAGGGACCAGGACGACUGAUCCGUGUAAAGGAAAGAAUGAAUGGGGCCAUGUAUCGUGAGAUUCUUUCAGCAUGACAAUGAUCCCAAACACACCGCCCGGGCAACGAAGGAGUGGCUUCGUAAGAAGCAUUUCAAGGUCCUGGAGUGGCCUAGCCAGUCUCCAGAUCUCAACCCCAUAGAAAAUCUUUGGAGGGAGUUGAAAGUCUGUGUUGCCCAGCGACAGCCCCAAAACAUCACUGCUCUAGAGGAGAUCUGCAUGGAGGAAUGGGCCAAAAUACCAGCAACAGUGUGUGAAAACCUUGUGAAGACUUACAGAAAACGUUUGACCUGUGUCAUUGCCAACAAAGGGUAUAUAACAAAGUAUUGAGAAACUUUUGUUAUUGACCAAAUACUUAUUUUCCACCAUAAUUUGCAAAUAAAUUCAUAAAAAAUCCUACAAUGUGAUUUUCUGGAAUUCUUUUUCUCAUUUUGUCUGUCAUAGUUGACGUGUACCUAUGAUGAAAAUUACAGGCCUCUCUCAUCUUUUUAAGUGGGAGAACUUGCACAAUUGGUGGCUGACUAAAUACUUUUUUUCCCCACUGUAUAUCCCAUGCCAUUUCUAUCUAAAUAAAUGAUAAAUGAAAUAUUAUGUGCAGUUUUAUACAAUAUAAUGCACAUCUUAUUUUUUAUUUUUUUUUACUGUAUUAUUAAUGCCAGCUAACUUGUGUUUUUCAACCAGGCGGUUUAACCAAUACCGUCCACUGAGGGAGGACUCAACAGGCGGAAGCAUGGGAAGCUCUGGAAACACGUCUGUGCCGAUGCUGCUGUGGAACCUUCUGAGCCGACAGUCAACAGGAGAAAGAAGCCCACUGCUUCAGGGAAGGGUGGUGUGAACACUCAUAACCAUCUGCACUGAUAAAGCACACACUCAUGCAUGCAUGUUAACACGUAAAUAUCACUUAGACACACGCAUCCACUCAGCAACUGUGAAAUACACAUAUACAUGUUAACACAUUGCAGACUCAGACACAUAGAGCCACCCUAAUGCAGAGACAAACUGCAACAAGAACAAGCAGUUGUAUUCUGUUUUGUUACACUGAAAGCAACUUUAAUAAAAACUAUAAUGUAUUGAUAAUGUAUACAUUUUCAACACAGAACCCUAAAAGCCUAAAUAAAUGUGUUUGUUUCUGCCGUUGCAUCACUUGUGACAAAAUAUUAUAUUUAUUUUGACCCACAUACUUUUUUAUUUAAGAAAAAAAAGAAUGAUGAAAGUUUACAAAAAUGCAGCAACUUAUGUUGUGUUUUUUCUGUUGUUACUCACUCUUCCUUAGAACGUAAUCAUUACAAUGAAUGACUGCCUCUUGUAAACUUCCAACACAUUAAUUUGCUUUGCUAACUGGUAUAAUUUGAAUUGUCAAUAAAAUCACAGCACUGUGAUAUAACAUAUUUAAUGUCACCCCAAAAGUAAGCAUUAAAAUGUAAAUUAUGUAAGAAUCUUCAACUACCGGUAUACCUCCAAAGCAAGUUAUAGAGUCCAAGCAAGUUAUAGAGCUCUAAUUGUCACCGCAAUCAAUACCCAAUACUAAAGCUGUCUCUUCUUAUUGUAAACCAGUUGAUGUCAGAAGUAAGAUAUUAUUUGUUCAUGAACACUCAUUAAAUAUAAAGAACAAGCUAUUGCUUUUACGUUAUCUCUUUCAGAUGAAAAAUAAUAUAAAAGGAACCAUGGGGAAACUGCAAUGAUGUGUCGGUUUGAUACCAGUAAAUAAAAAUGAAAGACACAACUCUAUUGCAUUCAAAUGUUCAUUUA